UGGAAAACCCUAAAUUCACAUACCACUCUGGAGAAUUUAUGAACUGGAGUUUGUAUUUUUCUCUGUAAUUGUAGAUUUUUUUUUUCUCAAAAUUUUUUGUUAAUUUCAAAGCUUUCUGUGUUCUCUGCAAUGGUGCAGAUUUGAGCUUGCAGCACUGCGAUUUUCUCGGAGGAAGCUCAAUCUGCUUUAAUUUCAUUUCUGGGUUCUCAUCUUUUCCCCAUUUCAUACAAAAAAAUUUGUGGUUUUGAAGUUUCCUGUGAGAUUGUAAAUUUUUCCGGCACCCAAAUCUGUUUUCUCUUGAAUAAAGUUAGCAUUUACCCCCAUUAAAAAAUUUCAAUUCUUUUUGGAAUUUUUUUGGGUGAUUGGGUGCGGAAGAGUUUGAUACUUCAAUGGGUAGGGUUUAAGUAAAGUUUUUUGAGGUUUUGGGGUAUCUUAGUUUGUCUUUGAUUUGCAUAAAAAUGGAGGGAAGAGAGAAUUUUGGUGUUGUGGUGGGUGAUGAAGCCCCAGAGAGCUUCCAUGUGGCUCCUAGAAUUGAGAACAACUUGGACUUUUCAAGGGCCACCGUGCCGGUGCCGGCGCCGGCGCUGGGGACGGAGGUGAAAAAGAAGAGAGGGAGGCCUAGGAAGUAUGGGCCGGACGGCAAGGUGGUUGCGGGGGCGGUGACGGCGCUUUCUCCGAUGCCGAUUUCGUCGUCGAUUCCGUUGACCGGCGAGUUCUCCGCUUGGAAGAGGGGUAGAGGGAGGCCUAUUGAAUCUAUCAAGAAGUCUUCGUUUAAGUUUGACGUUGAAAGCCCUGGAACAGGUGAGGGAAUCGCAUACUCAGUUGGUGCCAAUUUCACACCACACGUGCUCACAGUAAAUGCUGGCGAGGACGUCACUAUGAAGAUCAUGUCCUUCUCUCAACAAGGAUCACGCGCUAUAUGCAUUUUGUCUGCAACUGGGACAAUUUCAAAUGUUACACUUCGUCAACCGUCUUCUUGUGGUGGUACUUUAACGUAUGAGGGACGGUUUGAGAUUCUUUCCUUGUCUGGUUCCUUUAUGCCAACUGAGAAUGGAGUUACAAGAAGCAGAUCUGGUGGGAUGAGCGUCUCUUUGGCUGGUCCAGAUGGUCGAGUAAUGGGGGGUGGACUUGCUGGUUUGUUGGUAGCUGCUGGUCCAGUGCAGGUUGUGGUGGCUAGUUUUCUCCCUGGUCAUCAGUUGGAGCAUAAAUCCAAGAAGCAAAGGGUGGAGCAUAUAUCAACUAUUACCCCUACACCUGUUAAUCUUAUCUCUGGUGAGGAAGUUAAAGUCAGUUUUGGUGGAGUAAAGCCUAUUAUGACACCUGCUGCUUUUCAAGAAGAGAAUAUUGCUUCUUUUAACAAUGGUCAAGACUCUAGGAACUCAUCUGCUGAUGAUAGAGAGCCGUUACCUGAAAAGGAGUCUAACCAAAGUCAAUCAAAUGCUGAGGCUGCACGCUAAACAUAUCCCUGUGAAUUAUUUGAUAUUAUGCAGAGUCAACCUCAUUUAGGCUCUCACUCAUGCUUGACUGACAGCUGACAAUUAACUUACUAAGACAACUCUGAUGGUCAGAUGAGUGUCACACAAAGAAGGUUUUGACUCAAAAGUUGCACUCUUUUGGUACUAGGUGUUAGUUGGCAACUCUGUUUGUUAGGUUUUCCACGUGUCCUUUCUUCAGAUGUAUCUUUAGUAUUGUUUACUCAUUGUUGUAGCAAUUAGAUAUAGGAUAUAUGUUGUGCCAUUUCCCCCCUUAUUUAUUAUGUUCUAUAUGGAUGUUAAAAAUGUGAGUGGAUGUGAGUGUUUCUGAAUUGUAACUCAAUAUUAUUUGUUGUUAAAGAAAUUGCAUAUCAGUCUCCUAGGCCUUACCUUUUA